AUGCCUCCGGGGGACCAUGACGGCCCCAACAAGGUGGCGGCCCAGCCCGAGCAGCGGCCCGCCCCGCGCAAGGAGCUGUAUCCCAUGGUCAAUUGGAAAUACGACCUGUUCCUCUAUGUCAUGGGCAACCUCAUCGACACCUUCUUCCGCGAGGUCGUGCCCAGAGGCUCGUGGAGAGUCCCCCAGUCCGGCCCAGUGCUGUUCGUCGCCGCACCCCACGCCAACCAGUUCGUCGACGCCAUCAUCCUCCAGCGCACCCUCCGGCACGAGGCCAACCGGCGCGUGUCGCUCCUCAUUGCCCAAAAGUCGGUUCACGGCUUCAUCGGCUGGGGCUCUCGCCAGGUCGGCUCCGUGCCCGUCGGGCGAGCCCAGGAUGCGGCCAAGCCCGCGAGCGGAAAGAUUUACCUGCCGGACCCCGUCAACGACCCGACCCUGAUUCGCGGCAUCGGCACCCGCUUCGGCGAGGGUGAGGGCGAGGUCCAGGGUAUGCUGUUCCUGCCGCCCGGCAAGAAUACGUCGAGCGCCAGCGUCGACAUUGCCGACAUCAUCGGCCCCGAAGAGAUACGCGUCAAGCGGCCCUUCAAGGGCAAGCUCGCCAUGCAGCAGCUCACGGGCCGAGACGACAUCGACAGCGAGGGCCGCUUGACAAAUACCAAGCUCAAGGGCCCCGCCCCGGGCUUCCAAGGCACAAAGUUCAAGCUGGCGCCUCACAUCGACCAAACAAAGGUGUACGAGGCCGUGUUUGCGCGGCUGCGAAACGGCGGCUGCGUCGGCAUCUUCCCCGAGGGCGGCAGCCACGAUCGCACCGAGCUGCUCCCGCUCAAGGCCGGCGUCGCCAUCAUGGCGCUCGGGACGCUGGCCGAGUCGCCCAACUGCGGGCUCAAGAUUGUGCCCGUCGGCAUGAACUACUUUCACGCGCACAAGUUCCGGUCGCGCGCCGUCGUCGAGUUCGGGACCCCCUUUGAGAUCCCCCCCUACCUCGUCGAGCUCUACCGCAACAACCAGCGGCGAGAGGCCAUCGGGCAGGUGCUCGACGCCGUCUACCAGUCGCUGAGCUCGGUGACGGUGUCGGCGCCCGACUACGACACGCUCAUGAUGAUCCAGGCGGCGCGGCGGCUUUACAACCCGACGGGCAAGAAGCUGCCGCUGCCCGUUGUCGUCGAGCUCAACCGGCGGCUGGCCAUGGGCUACGAGCGCUACAAAGACGACGAGCGCAUCACGUCGCUGUCGCAAUCGGUCAAGGACUACAACUCGCAGCUGCGGUACCUGAGCCUCAAGGACCACCAGGUCCAGUACGCGCGCAUGUCUAUCCUCAAGGUGCUCUUCCUCUUCGUCUACCGCUCCAUCAAGCUCGCCAUACUCUUUGUCUGCACGGUGCCCGGCCUGCUGCUCUUCGCCCCCGUCUUUGUCGCGACCAAGAUCAUCAGCCGGCAAAAGGCAAAGGUGGCGCUGGCCGGGUCGACGGUCAAGAUCCGCGGGCGUGACGUCAUGGCGACGUGGAAGAUCCUGGUGGCCCUGGGCCUGGCUCCGACGCUGUACCACGCCUACACCAUCCUGGUGGUGCUCAAGGUGUGGCACGACGGGCUCUGGGGCCACGUGCCCGCGUGGAUGCCCCUGUGGACUGUCUACCUGGCGCUGUGGCCGGUCAUGAUUGGCAUCACGUUUGCGGCGCUGCGCUUUGGCGAGGUGGGCAUGGACAUUUUCAAGUCGUUGCGGCCAUUGGUGCUGUGCUUGCUGCCGACGUCGUCGUACAGCAUCCACAAGCUGCGGGUCAGACGGGCCGAGCUCAGCGCGCAGGUGACGGACCUGAUCAACGAGCUAGGCCCCGAGAUGUUCCCCGACUUUGACAAGACGCGCCUCAUCCCGGACAUUUCGAGGGUCGAGGGGGCAGGCUCGCAGACGCCGGCCGCCGACGGCCACAAGCGCCGCGACAGCGACCAGUCGAGCACAGGCUUCGGGUUCGAGGUGGAAUCGCCCCCGUCGCUGUCCCGCCGCAGCACGACGCAGUCGAGCCGGGCGCUCCCGCGCAACGACUCGUUCAGCAACAUCGGAGCGGUGGGCAUCUUCUCGACGCGGCCGCCGUCGCGGUCACGGAGCCGGUCGCGGUCGAGCAGCGCGGGAGGGGGGCUGGGGUCGGGCGGGUUCCCCAUCAGCGGAUUCACGACGCUCGACUCGGCCGAGGGCUUCAAUGAGGCGAGCAGGAAGAUUCGCGAGGCGAUGAAGUACCGGAGGAAGCGGUCGGACCAGGUCAAGAUGCAGGCGGGAGAGGACGAGGAAGAGGAGGACAGCGAGGACGAGAGCAGUCAGGACGCAGCGCGGCGGAAGAGGAUUUGA